AUGCCCGUGUUGUAUCAUCUAACAUUACAAAAACCAACUGCCAUUACAAGAACGGUGUAUGGGAAUUUUUCUAAUCCUAGAGCGCACGAAAUAAUAGUUGCUAAGGGUCAGGUGUUGGAAUUACUAAGAGCAGAUAAACAAGGAAAAUUAAAUUUGAUCGUUUCGAAGGAUAUAUUUGGUAUAAUAAGAUGCUUGCAAACAUUUCGGUUAACUGGAAGUAAUAAGGAUUAUAUAGUUAUAGGUAGCGAUUCAGGUAGAUUAGUUAUAUUAGAAUACAGUAAUGAUAAAAAUGAUUUUAUAAGAGUACACUGUGAAACAUAUGGUAAAAGUGGAAUACGAAGGAUAAUACCAGGGGAAUAUAUUGCAGUAGAUCCUAAGGGAAGAGCAUUAAUGAUAUGUGCUAUAGAAAGACAGAAAUAUGUAUAUAUUUUAAAUAGAGAUAAUAAAGAAAAUUUAACUAUUAGUAGUCCAUUAGAAGCACAUAAAACUCAUUCUAUAUGCCACGAUGUAGUGGGUGUAAAUGUAGGUUUUGAAAACCCAAUGUUUGCAUCUAUUGAACAGAAUUAUGAACACUUAGAUAAACAAUUAUCAAGUAGUCCUAACGAUUUAGAAUAUCCUAAAAAAGGAUUAUGUUUUUGGGAAAUGGAUUUAGGGUUAAAUCAUGUAAUCAAAAAAUUUACCUUGCCUAUUCAUAUUUCUGCACAUUUACUUAUUCCAAUACCUGGUGGACAACAAGGACCUAGUGGUAUUAUAGUAUGUUGUGAAAAUUAUUUGGUUUAUAAAAAGUUAGAUCAUGAAGAUGUAUUCUGUUCAUAUCCAAGAAGACUUGAAAUAAGUCAAGAUAAAAAUAUUUCAAUAGUUUGUUGGACUAUGCAUAGAAUAAAAAAAUUUUUUUUUAUCCUUGCCCAGUCAGAAUAUGGAGAUUUAUAUAAAAUUGAAAUGGAUCAUGAAGAUGGUAUUGUAAAACAAAUAAUAUGUAAAUAUUUUGAUACAGUUCCUAUUGCCAAUUCGAUAUGUGUAUUAAAAUCUGGUUCACUUUUUGUAGCAGCAGAAUUUGGAAAUCAUUUUUUUUAUCAAUUUUCUGGAAUAGGAGAUGAUAACAAUGAAGCUAUGUGUACAUCUAAUCAUCCCAUGGGCAAAAAUGCAAUCAUAGCUUUUAAAACGCAGAAGUUGAAAAAUUUAUUUUUAGUAGAUCAAAUAUAUUCCCUCUCUCCAAUAUUAGAUAUGAAAAUAUUAGAUGCAAAAAAUUCGAAUUCUUCACAAAUAUAUACUUUAUGUGGUAGGGGUCCUAGAUCCUCGCUCCGUAUUCUUCAACAUGGAUUAAGUAUAGAAGAGCUAGCGGAUAAUGAAUUACCAGGUAAACCCAAAUACAUAUGGACAGUUAAGAAAGACAAUGCAAGUGAAUAUGAUGGAUAUAUAGUAGUAAGUUUUGAAGGGAAUACAUUAAUACUAGAAAUAGGAGAAACAGUAGAAGAGGUAUACGAUAGUUUACUCUUAACAAAUGUUACAACGUUACAUAUAAAUAUUUUAUAUGACAACUCGUUUAUUCAAGUGUACGAUACUGGGAUUAGACAUAUUAGAGGAAAGGUAGUACAAGAAUGGGUAUCUCCAAAAAAUAAACAGAUAAAAGCAGCUUCAUCAAAUAAUGCACAAAUUGUUAUAUCCCUUAGUGGGGGUGAACUCAUUUAUUUUGAAAUAGAUCAAUCACAUACCUUAACGGAAAUUUUUAGGAAAAAUUUAAAUGUGGAAGUUUUAUGUUUGUCUAUGCAACAAACUUCUGAGAAUAGACUAAGAGCGAAUUUCUUAGCUGUUGGUUGUUUAGACAAUGUUGUAAGAGUCUUAUCUAUUGAAAAAGAUAAAUAUUUUAAACAACUGUCGACUUAUAUCUUACCGAAUAACUCUUCACCACAAGAUAUAUGCAUUUCUGAAAUGAAAGAAUUAGGUAAUGACAAAGAAAGGAAUGUAUUGUUUCUAAAUAUUGGAUUGAACACAGGGGUAUUGUUAAGAAGUAUUGUUGAUCCUAUUGCAGGCACAUUGAGUAAUCAUUACUCUAAAUAUUUAGGAGCAAAAAGUGUAAAAAUUUGUCAUGUUAAUGUAAAUAAAAAUCCUGCUCUCUUAGUUCUCUGUGAAAAAACAUAUCUAUGCUAUGUACAUCAAGGAAAAUAUGUAUACACUCCUUUAAAUUAUGAUAUGUUAGAAUAUGCUUCUUCUUUUUAUUCUGAACAAUGUUCAGAUGGAUAUGUAGCUAUAUCUGGAAAUAGCUUACGAAUCUUUAGAUUUUACAGAUUAGGUGAAGUGUUCAGUCAAAAUAUUUUACAUCUUACCUUUACUCCGAGGAAGAUUGUACCCUUGCCUUUCCCCUCUUUGUUUUAUGACCAUGAUACGUCCAUCGAAAUAGAAACAAAGAGGGAUAUACGAAUGCUAGCAGUCAUCGAGGCAGAUCAUAAUUCCUAUGAUGAAAACACACAAAAGGAAAUUCAAAGAGCGUUAAAAGAUAUCAAGCUAGAUGUGGACGAUUCGAACAACAAUAGUGGAGAACCGAAUGUAUUGUCCGAUUCACAUUCAAGUAUGGAAAAAAAAGGAGAAGUUGAAGGAGAAGAAGAAGUAGAAGGAGAGGUAGAAGUAGAAGGAGAGAUAGAAGUAGAAGUAGUGGAUGGUAAAAAAAAAAAAAAAAAAAAUUCCAUAAAUGAGGGUGCUUCGGAGCAAUGUGGUGAGAACAGUGAUAAAGAGGAGGAUGAUGACGAAGAGGAACUAUUGUAUGACCGCAUUGGUACGUUGAAAGCGGGGUACGGAAAAUGGGGAUCAUGCAUCAAAAUUGUGAACCCGAUAAAUUUAGAAAUUGUAGAUAAAAUAGCUCUAGAAAUGGAGGAGGCAGCACUGAGUGUAUGUGCAUGUGAGUUAGAAGCAUUACAUUGUUUAAUAGUAGGUACAACAUCUAAUAUGUCUUUAAAAAAUAGAACUGUGCAAGCAGCUUCUUUACGUGUAUAUACUUAUGAUAUAAACUAUAAACUAAAUUUAUUACAUAUAACACCGAUAGAAGAUCAACCUUUUUCCUUUUGCCCAUUCAAUGGAAGACUUAUAGCUUCUGUUGGAAAUAAAUUAAGAAUUUAUGCAUUAGGGAAAAAAAAAUUACUAAAAAAAUGUGAAUACAAAGAUAUACCAGAAGCCAUUGUAUCUAUCAAGGUUUCUGGGGAUCGUAUAUUUGCAUCUGACAUAAGGGAUUCUGUCUUAAUUUUUUUUUAUGAUUCUAAUCAAAACACAUUAAGAUUAAUUUCGGACGAUAUUAUCCCCAGGUGGAUUACCUGCUCUGAAAUUCUUGAUCAUCACACUAUCAUGGCUGCGGACAAGUUCGAUUCUGUAUUUAUCCUGCGGGUGCCCGAGGAAGCAAAGCAAGAAGAAUAUGGCAUAUCGAACAAGUGCUGGUAUGGUGGGGAGAUCAUGAAUGGUUCAAACAAGAAUAGAAGGCUGGAGCAUAUUAUGAGUUUCCAUAUCGGAGAGAUAGUAACUUCUUUGCAAAAGGUCAGGAUGUCACCUACCAGUAGUGAAUGCAUAAUAUACUCGACCAUUAUGGGAACUAUCGGGGCUUUCAUUCCGUAUGAUAAUAAAGAAGAGCUGGAAUUAACACAACACCUAGAAAUAAUUUUAAGGACCGAGAUGCCUCCACUUUGUGGUAGGGAGCACAUAUUUUUUCGCUCGUAUUACCACCCUGUCCAGCUUAACAAACUAGUGUGUGUAUAUUAUGUCAAACUUUCUCAGCACGUUGUCGACGGGGAUUUAUGUGAGCAGUUUUCAAGUUUAUCAUAUGAUGUUCAGAAAAAAGUUGCUGCAGAUUUAGAGAGGACACCAGACGAUAUUUUAAGGAAAUUGGAAGAUAUCAGAAAUAAAAUACUUUAG